CAGGACAGGUUCCUUGAGUCUCCUCCUUGUGGAACGCUUUCCCAUCAGGCUGUUCUCUCCACCUCAGGGUGACUCCACUCACUCCGUUCUCCUUCAGUCUGUCCUGCAGCUGGGAGAACAACAUGGCAGCAACGGUCAAACAUGCAGUGACAAUCUGACUGUUAGAAAAGCGUUGUGAGAAAGUUCUACUGAAGUUUUCAGUUUUAUUUACAUCCCAGAAUUCUUUUCUAAACAGCAGGAUAACUGAGGACUUCCUAAAAAUGUUUUGCGAGAACAUUCUUGGACCGUUGUGCUGGAACGAUCACAGAACUGAAUGUUGCAGAUGAGUUGACGGUGGGUAGGAAGACGUUUCCUGCUGUAACCAGCCAGCAAUUCAAUGAGGCAAGACUCGUUUGACGUUUGAGGUGUGAAAAAAAGAAACACUGCACAAACAAGCUAUUUCUGUACCUGGAGUUUAUCAUUGCAGCAGGAAGCUGUGGCCUCAGUGACACACAGUCAGACGGUAGGUGUGAUGCAGCCCCCCAGUUUACCAGCCGCUCAGUCAGUCUGUGCAUCAGCAGCAUGGAGAUAACAACACUGUGCGCUGUCAUGGCUUCUCUGAGAGUUCUUCCAGACAGAUCCCAGUUCUUCCAGUAUGAGUCUGUCUCUCUGAGCUGUGAGCAGCAUGGAAACUCUUCUGGGUGGACAGUUAUGAGGAACACUUCUACACAAAUAAAUGAAAAGUGUCCCACAUUGUGGGAGAAAAGGAAUGAAUCUGACUGCAUAAUUGAUGACCUUUUGGCAUUAGACAGUGGAGUUUACUGGUGUGAAUCUGGAGCAGGAGAAUGCAGCAACACCGUCUACAUCACUGUGACAGCUGCUUCUGUGAUCCUGGAGAGUCCAGUUCUUCCAGUGAUGGAGGGAGAAGUUGUGAAUUUUCGCUGCAGCGAUGAGAUGACCUCCUCCAAUCUAACGGCUGGUUUCUACAAAGACAAUCUUCUGAUUGGGAGCAGCUCUACAGGAAAUUUUACCAUCGAAAGUGUUUCUAAGUCUGAUGAAGGACUCUACAAGUGCAACAUAUCAGGAGUUGGAGAAUCCACAGAGAGCUGGCUGACUGUCAGAGGACUUCCUGAGUCGCCUUCCACUGCCUCUACACUCAUUCUGCUUCCUGUGGUGGGCGUCUACCUCUCACUGGUCUCAGUGAUGCUGUUCUGUCUCUGCAGAAGUCACAAAGUCACUCUGCUACUGACAGCAUAGAGGCCAUCAGGACCUCUGACUGUCUCUGUAGGUCCAGCAGAGAGGAGGUUUCCCUCACCGUCCAUCCACAACACC